AUGGCAGAGGAGCACGGAGGACGAGGGCAGCCUUCACAUCACAGAGAAGACCCUUCAUUUGCGCGCGACGACGAGGCCCGCCAGAGGCUCCACCACGCAGGACCACCACCACCUUCCGCUGACCAGCGGUAUCCCGACGACGCUCGAUCCAGACCAGCCAUGGCUGCUCCCUUGACGUUGCCAGCCAUCCAGGACCAUUAUGGCCAGCAGCCACCGUACCAGAGAGGUUAUCCACCACAGGACCCGCGUGGCGACCCCAGAGGCGACCCCAGAGGCGAUCCUCGUGGUGACCCUCGCGCAGACUCUCGAGCCGGCAACUACGAUGCCUCGCCUAGCUCCGUGAACGGCUAUCCUCCGCCACGCCCACCUCCAGGACCAGGAGCCCACCCCACCCAACUCCCACCGCUUCAGCCUCCCGGUCCUCGGUCUCCCACCUACCCUCCCUCGGAACCGAGAGAGGAUUAUUACCGCGACCGCCAGCCCCCGCCGCCUCACUAUCCCGAUCCGUACCACCAAGACUACCACCGCGGAGGGCCUCCCCCGCCUCCUGGAGCACGGUAUCCCGAGUACGGCCCCCCACAGCCCGGCCAGGGCAUGCCUAGGUAUGAAUACGGUCAUCCUGCAGCGGGCGGGCCUCGAUGGGACUAUCCCCCAGGUGCCGUGGCACUACCCCAGGCUGCACCAAGGCAGCGGACGUCCAUUGCCUGCAGAUACUGCCGGAAGAGAAAGAUUCGUUGCAGUGGUUAUCAGAGCGCGCCAGGAGGCAAAUGCGUGAACUGCAGCAGGAUGAACCAGGAGUGCAUCUUCCAACCUGUGUCCUCUAGCAGCUCAACAGCGUUCAUUCCCGUUUCCGCCGUGCCAGGCGGAGUUCCACCCGGCACGACGCUCUAUGGGGCGUAUGGCCAACCCCUUCCGCCGAGCUCGAUGCCGCCUCACCAACAUCCCCAGCAGCCGUACCCUCCUGGCCCCGGCGGCAACGGCUAUUAUCCGCAACCUUUGGCUUCUCCAACGACUUCGUAUCCACCUUAUGACCAGCAUCGCGGGCCCAAUAGGCGUCGGCCGCGAGAGUCAGAUGAGGGGGACGAACUACGACCACCGCCGCCAGAUCCAGCCGCCGGCGAUGACCCUCGACGGAGAUCGCCUGCAGCGUCCGACUCGAACCACAGCAGCCCGGGGAGCUACAUGCCCUAUCCGCCGGGCCACGGCGGACCAUUCGAUCCCAGAGGCCCGCCCGCUCGUCAAAGCCCUGGGCAGUCGUCUCUGGCUCCUUUGUCAACGUCUGGCGAUGAUCGCAGCGCCACUUCGGGUCAACGUCACAGUAAUUCGUCAACUCCCGCUGCCUCUUCCAGUUCUGUCAUGAGCUUGAACAAUCUGAUGGACAACCCAUCGGAUAUCGACAGAAACAUGCUUGGGCGGCUCAACCGCGCCCCCGGGUCUGGUCGAGGCCGCUGA